AUGUGUGUUAGGAAGGAGGAUCAGACAUCUUUUGAGCCAGUGCGACCAGCAAGACACAGCAAUUGUAUAUUGGUUUUUAUCCGACUAUUCUUCCGCAUUGUCCUGAAAGAAGUGUCACGGAUGCUGGCAAAUGUUGGGACGUUUCGGCUACAGCCGGCCAGAAGUACCGGCUCGGAUAGCGGUGCCGACAUUUCUCCGAGCGAACCCCAGGCCCGAUCCCGGUGUGCCAAGCUCGGCGACGACGAAAGGUCCCUCGUUCAACCAUUUGGAACUAGAUAUCUGGAUUGUACAUUGCAUUCUACAUAA